CGGCCUCCUGAGCCAGUGUUUCAUCAAAAAUGAUUUUGACAUUAUGGCUGGGGGGCGCUCUCUGCUGCCUGACACUGCUCCCAGAUCUGUUGGAGGCCAAAUCAUUACUGAAUUCACUCACACAGGACGAAAUGGUUCCUCUCAAUCACCUUAAAUAUGACCCGGAAAAGGCUAAUGACUUCUUGACUCACUCCAGACCGAAACGCAACGUGGACCCUAAAUGGUACAGAGGAAACCCAGACUUCCAGUCUUAUUACAGAUACUACAGCAGCAUUGGACACACUGAGGGGAUCUACGAGAUUGACAAACUGCGGAUGCUCUACCAGCAGAUGAGGUACCUUGAAAACACCUACGGCCCCAACGCCUCCUAUUUCCAGAACAAACUGGGAGUGCCGAUGAUCAUGUGCGACCCAGCUAAGGACAAGAACUGCAAACCUGUUCCACCUCCACCUGCAAUGAAAGGGGUCCCAAAGUCCACCCCUCCUCCACCUCCUCUCCCCGCUGCUCCAUCUCUUGCCCAGGCCGAUGUGUUGUACUUGUGCAACAAAGAGGACCCACUCUGCAAGCCUCACAUCGUCUACCUGCCCAGCGGUGCCGUGCCCGUGCUCUGCGACCCCCGCUAUCACCCACACUGCACCCCGCAGAAGGCUGCACCGGCCCCCGUGGCAAUGCCUCAACCUUUUCCGCCUCCGCCAAUGAAGUCGGCCCCACCUCCACCGGUCUAUGUCAAGAAGUCCCCUCCUGUCCCCAUCAAGGGCCCCAUCAAGGGACCCUUCAAGGGCAUGGAGUAUGACUGUGACCCUUACUGGGACCCCGACUGCCUGAUUGACCACCCACCCCAGCCUGUCAAAGGCAAGGUUGUAGUUCCACCACCAGCUCCUGUUGUGGAGGAGGAAGAGGAGGAAACCGUGGAGGAGCCAGUACCUCCAGUACCCAUCAAGAAGAAACUAACCCUCUAUCCUUAUCCUUUUUACCCGAUGCAGUACGACCCCAGGGAUGAGCUGUACGACCCGAUCCGCUUCAAGUACCCAAUACCGGCAGAUCCCGCUGAAGAGCCUGAGGAGGCCAGUCAGUAAAACGUGUGGAAUGUGUCACAGGGAACAUGUGUCUCUCUUAAAAGAUGAGACUUCAAUUGGAAACAUCUUGGGUCUGUGAGCACAGCAUUGAUAAGCUGCAACGGUGAAUUAAAUCCUUAAUACAUUGA